CUUCAUGACACGUUGAUACAGAAAGAGGAGGAACUGGCAAGACUGCACACGGAAAAUAACACACUCAAAGAAUUCUUAAACUCCUCAUUUGUGAAAACAUUGGAGGAAAAAACAAAGGUAAUUACUUCAUAAUCAAAGCGCAUUAAUGGAUGACUGGUUGAUUAAUUUCAGCUGAGUUUAUCUCUAAAGUUUAUCUCUAAAGUGUAUCUCUAAACAUAGCAUAAAGUGUGCCCUUUGGAAAGCCUAAUUUGCCCAGUUUCCAGAGAUGUAGUUUCUCUCAAACAGCCUCCUCACUUGUGUUCCUCCUUUUCCAUAGAGACUUCUCUCUGCUCAGAGUGGCAACAGGAGGAGGAACGGUAAGCGGAAUUCUGAAAUCCAGAAUCUGCAUGGUGUUGGAGAAUUCCGGAACCUCAGUGCCAGUCAGCUUCUCCUUGGUUCUCAGGUGAAACGGACCUGCCGGAACUUGUCCCUGCAGUUCUGUUACGAAGAGGAGCUUGUCAGCACCCCACCUGUGGACCUGUGGAUCCUGCAGACCUUGGGCCUGAAGGAUGAGGACACCAUUGAUACAACAUCCACUGAAUACAGCUUCAACUCCUCCAUUGACUCCCUCACCAAAUGCAGCUCCAUUAAAGACUCCUCUGGUGACUACUGCCAAAUAACCAAUCAUAAAACCACCGCUUAUGACUCACCUACUGAUGGCCCUGGCCAUGGUGCCAGUAUAGGAUUAUACACUGAUUACUGCUUUAACACCAACAGUGACUACAGUGUCUCUACAGACUCCGGCUCUAACUUCACUGGAACUGUGCCCUCCGUCGAUUACAGCCCUAGCAUAGAAGUCACCCCCAAUAUCCAGGUCACCCCUUAUGAACCCCCACUGCCCCAAUUGGUCAACACUCUCUCGUCAACUGACCCAAUACAGCCAUUCAGGCCCAUCUUAGCCUCUUCUCCCAACCUGUCUCAGGACAGGAGUCCCGGGCUGCACCACACUCCUAGCCGGCACUGCCGUAGCCCCUCCAGUCAUGUAGGGGGCGAUGUGACAACUCAGUACCCUGCACUGUCUACCCCACGUAGCCGGACAAAGCUAGCCUUCAGCAUGUCCCUAAACCCUUCCAGCAGUGUCAGACUCAAGACACACAGCUUUCCUCAGGGACAGGCCUUCGUCCGCAAGGACACCCAGGGAGGCUGGAACUUCACCUGGGUCCCCAAACAAGGCCCGUAA